UCUGUUCGAUAGACGGAGAAGGUUAAAGAAGAUUUGUGUUACGAUGAUGAAAUAUGUUGGUGUUUGGAUGAUGACAUUGUGUGUAGUACGACUUAAUGGAACGUUUUCAAAUGUUGCUUUUCAAAAACCUGCCACCAUGAGUUCAGUGUUUGACGCUAAUACCAUACCAUCUCGUGGAGUGGACGGAAACACGUACUUAUGCACAGUAACAAAUUAUGGCGACAUGGAACCGUGGUGGAUGGUGGAUCUGCAUGGGUACUUCCACAUACAUGACGUCAUCAUCACUAACUACGACUAUCUCAAUUGGUGGAGGUAUCUACACAGCUUCACCAUUGACGUGUUCACGGAGAAUCCAAUAGGCUGUGCACGCGCCACCCCAGUCCAGUGCUACAACCGCACCGACACACUGGGGCCUAGUGAGACUGUACAGUUUAAAUGUCGCUCACCCGUGAUUGGUCGGUUCGUCAGGGUUAAGAAGUGGAAAAUGGUGGACCCGUAUGAUCCACUGACACUGUGUGAGGUUCAGGUUCUUGGCACAAAGGCGACAGCUCCGACGUUUAAGGAUUCAACAACGAUUACGUCAUCGUGGGAUUACUACGGAGUGGAUCUUUGUUGA